CGCAGAGGUCCGCACGCUCGCGUCCGGCACCGUUCGCGCGUCUCUGUCGCGUCGUCCGCACCACCUCACGUCGAGCCGUAUCCGCGCGCGACGCGCGAAGCAGCGAACGAGUCGUCGCCCGACGCUUCGAAGGACACGCACUCGGCACCUGACGAAUUAUCGUCGUCGUAACGAACGAUAUGGUCGCGAAGAAUCCGAAGAAGCGGAAGACCGCGGCGACGACGCCGACGAAGGACGACGCGAAGUCUCCUCGCGGCGGGCGAGGGAAAUCUCGCGUCGUCGCGGCGACGGCCACGAUACGGAAGAAGACGCCGCGCGCGAAGUCCCCGUCCGCGGCGGGACGCGCGCGCGCGCGCGUCGGAAAAUCGGCGAGCGCGAAAUCGCCCGCCGCGAAAUUGCCAACAUCGCCCGCCGCGGGGCGAGGUCGUAAACACACGCCGCGCAAACCCCGCGCCGCGCGCGCCGCGCUCUCGCCGCCGUCGCAGAACGCGAAGAAGAAGACGACGAGAGCGCGGAAGCUCGCGGAAGCGAAGAAGGCGCCGAAGAAGUCGCCGAAGAAGGCUCGACCGCCGUCCUCGAAGAAGCCGACGAAGGAAGCCGCGCGCGUCGUGCGCGCCGGCGGCGUCGCGAAAUCUCCGAAGAAGAAGAAGAGACGCCCAUCGAGCGCGAAGAAAGUCAAGCCGCGGCCGAAGAAGCGACCCGCGUCCGCGUCGAAGGCGCCGCCGUCCGACGCGUCCGCGUCGUCGAGGAAAUCCGACGAAAAGAAGGCGGCGGACAAGACCAAAAAAACCAAAGCCGCGCUCGCCGUGCGCGCCGGUCGCGUCGCGAAGUCGCCCGCGUCGAAGCAGAAGAAACAGCAGCAGCAGCAGCGACGUCAACCGAAGAUGAAGCAGCACGCGAAGCCGAAGCCGAAGCCGAAGCCGGCGCGUCUUCGACCGCCUCCCGCGCCGGCGAACUCGACGCAGAUGAUCAUGCACCAGUACAACGCCGGGCUCGCGAAGAGCGGCGGCGCGAAAAAAACGGUUCGCGUCCGCGGCGGUCGGAUCGACACGUUCGGGUCUUUGCUUCCCGCGCGCGCGCGCGCGACGACGACGGCGACGCGCCCUCCGGUCGCGCCGAAGAAGGGAGGCGCCGCGACGGCGACGGCGACGGCGACGGCGACGGCGAGGACGAAGGCGAAGGCGAAGGCGAGGACGAAGGCGAAGAAGAGAGCGCCGCCGCCGUCGUCGUCGUCGCGCGGGAUGAUGUUCAGCCCGACCCCGUCCGCGGGAACGGGCGGGGACUACGCCAUCCCGGAGAGAGCGGGCGCGUUUGGCGCGUCGAGACUUCCGUCGGACGUGUUCACCCCGGGCGGAGGCGCGCGCGCGGCGCGAGACGACGACGAGGUGUCGAACGCGUCUACGUGGUUGGGCGAAGAGGAGGAGGAGGAGCGAAAAGGCGGGGGAGGAGGAGGGGGCGGCGCGCGGGGGAGGCCGAAUCGUGCGGCGUCGUGUUUGACGUCGCCGAGGAUCGCGUGGACGCCGGCGUCGCCGGCGUUACACCGCCGCUGAGCCGCGGCGUCGCGCCCUUUGUGAAAGAUAGAAGAAACGCGAGCCGCCGAAUACGUAUCGCGUCGUAGCCACGGGCGCGCGUCGCUCGUAAACGAAAACGUUGUCAUUGCAUCAUCACUAUUCUAUCC